CAACCCAGACAUCUUUUUCAGGUUCAUGUUGUGGCAAAUUUGGUUUGGGUUGGCCUGAAACCGACUCAAACUUGAAAUGAGUAAAGUCAUGCUCGGCUCGCUUUAAGCCUUCGCGCACCGACUUUGUGGGAGAGCGCAAAGAAAAGACGGAGAAAAGUAAAGAUGGCUCCUUAAAUCAACAGGUAGUAGGCUGCUGUUCGGAUCGUCGCGCGAAUCGUUUUUCCAAAUUGUGGCAUGUUUCCUGGUCGGGAUGUAGUUUGCGAGAACCGUUCGAUCGAAUCCGUGCGUUCCGGAACCGAGUGGCGUUGUUUUGCGAGUGAUUAGUGCGGGGCAUCCUGGUGAAUUGUUGAAUUUUCUUUUUGCGCAACACCGAUCCAGCACCAAAUUUCCAGUUUCCAAUGUUGCUUCGAGUGGGCUCUGUUUACGCCUCGGAAAAUGUUAACAUUGCUGAGCGAACUGCGCUUCUGGUCCACCAAAGAGGACAUCACCGUCAAGGACACCGAUCUGGGAGCGACCAAAUAUUUCGAGAAAAAGUCUGAGAAUGUCAAAUCGAUUUACGCGGAGGGCAAAAAGCACUACUUUGAGGCGCGAGGCUGUAAAUGGAACGUAGACAAUAAGAAACCAAUCCGGCUGCGGAAUGCCCUCAAACUGUUGGAGGAUGAGCUAAGGCAGCGGCGGAUAGUGUACUGCAAGUGGAAAAACAAUGUGCUGCUGCAGAUUAUGCUAUCGAAUGGGUUGUUGGUCCAUCUCGUCAUCAGCCCAUUCACCGGGGACAUUAACCGAAUCUACUUCGACAAAUACUUCAUCGGCAAGCUGAACUCGGAGCUGAUCACCGAUGUCAUCAUCACCCAGACUCACAUUCUGAUCUCGUACCAUGAGAAUCAGAUCACGUUUGUCCAUCUGCAGAAGCCUACGGCUAGGAAGAACAAUCUGGAGAAGAUCAGCCUCAUGGAACCGAAGAUCUACAAUGUGAUCAUCGGAGGACCAACUACCCGGAAGAUUCCUAAACAUCUCGUUUGCAGCAGUUCCCAGGAAUUUGUUAUUGUUUGGACAAAAUCGUCCCAGAAUGAAGUUUAUCCCUGGCGACCGACUGUUAAAGAUCAGGACAGAGCCAACCUGCACGUGUACAAACUGAAUGGCGCCAAAAUGGAGCUGCUCUGUUACUAUUGGACCGAGUACGAUCCCAUUUUGGUUGACUUUUCCCUCCUAAAUGGCUUCCAAGUCCAUUCGGUUGAGCAGAAAGUUUCCAAGAAGGGAGACGUCACCAUCGACAGUUGCAUCUAUCAGAUCCACAAGAGCAAAAUGAGGCGGGUGGCCGUCACGUCGAUUCCCCUUCAGACGCAGGUGUGCUGCAAUGCCUUUUCGCCGGAUCACGAGAAGCUGAUGCUCGGUUGCAUCGACGGGUCGGUGGUGUUGUUUGACGAGGGACGAGGAAUAACGCAUCUGGUGAAGGCAGCCUUCAUCCCAACAUUCGUCUCCUGGCACAGCGAUUCCUCGGUCGUAAUGAUCGGUAACGAAAAAGGCCAAUUACAGUGCUUCGAUAUCGCCCUCUCCUGCGUUCGCACCCAGCUAAUGAGCGAGGACAUCGUGCCGUCCAGUAUUCUGGAUCUGUCCAACUAUUUCAUCCACCCUUCAAAUCUUGCCCGACUUUGCUGGAGCCGAAAACCGGAAAUAACCGAACACAACGAACGGUAUGCCGUGACGGAUUCGUUUUUGCUGCUAGCGUUGGAAAAUGGCCCUAUUGGAUGUUUACGAUUUGUGGGAGGGGCCGGGUUGAAGGGCGACGUCCACACUUCCGGACUGACAGCGGACGUUCUGAUUCACAAGUACAUAUCGCUGAAUCAGGUCGAGAAGGCUAUCAAUAUUCUGUUGAGUUUAAAUUGGGACACUUAUGGGGCCAUGUGCCUGCUGUCUCUGCAUCGAAUAGCUAACUAUAUUUUUAAGCAACCCUUGGGAAUGGAGCGGGAACUGCAGCUGCAGAAGGCUUUAGGGAGCUUUCUGGUUCCGGUGAAGCCGCUUUGCUUUGAGACUGAGGUGGAGUUUGGGGAUCAGGUGAACGAUGUGACGCUGCGAUUCUUCCACUAUCUGCUGCGAAGUAAAUCUUUCAAUAAGGCGUUCAGUUUGGCAAUUGACAUCAACGAUGCGGAUCUAUUUCUAAAAUUGCAUGACAAAGCUAAGGCUGAAGGUGACGCUGAACUGGCGAAAGAAGCGCUGAGGAAAGUGGACGACAUCAAUCGGAUAUGUACAAACGAUCGGAGUGAUAGUGAACACUCCUUAUGUUCGAACUCGUCCUGUUCGUUGUGUGCAGACAGUUUUGACGAUGAGAACGACGACGAGGGUGAUGAGGAUAGUCAUGAAUCGGGACGCGAAAGUGUUCAGCCUCAAUUACCUGUGCGAACUUCAAGCAAGCUACCGAAUCAGGACGCAGUCAGUUUCAAGUCAUAUUCAACGUCUUCAAGCUCAUCCAAAUCUUCGCAGAUACGCAAUGGAACGUUGCAACAUCCACCGUUGCCGAAAACUUCGAUGCCGGAGAGCAAUAGUGGUGGAACAAGUGUGAUAACUCGCAUGUCGACCUCGAAAAUACGUACAAAAUCUGAGUUUAGCCAUGCCGAUCGACCUCCGCUGCCGUACGUUCCCAAAAAGGCCCCAACGACGGUCAUGCAAAGGAGUCAAACGGCAAUGGCCUUGAAGCUCAACAAGCAACAGCAAUCUCGAAUAGCACAAAUUAGACUGAAAGGGAAGUCUCUUAGCUCUAGUAAUCUACUCUCGAUAACGGACAAUACUUCCCCGUACUUCGGAACGUCGAUGCAGCGAGGAAACGUUAGAGCUCGACUGAAUCCACGAGAGAAGGCUGCUUCGAAGCUCUUUACCUCGGCCGUCGCAAGUCUCUCCAUGGAACAGCUGGAUAUAUCCAACAGAAGUCCUCGGCAACCGUUCUACGUAGACUUCGUAGAUAAUCCUGCCUCGAGUAGACCUAAUCCAUCUGCUGCUGGCUCAAGUCAGCACGUAGUUAUCGACGUGAUACCGAAGCCGGUCAAUCCACCAAACAGCAUGAACUAUCCUCCUACUACUAAUAUCCUCGAUCAAACGAUCGGAAUACCCAUAGUACAAGAUGAACCGGACUUUGCCCGGAGGCCACGGAAAGCCUGGUUCACCUCACAGCCUUCACAACAAUUUCGUAGCAUACCCAACACAGCUAAUGCGAACAACGCGCCUCGCACCGUAAUCCAUCAAUACCCCCUAAUAUCGGGCAACAUUCCGUCCAAGUUUCCGCAGUCGAAAUCACAAUCGCUGGACGUAACCGAUCGAGGACGGUUUCUGCAACGCCGAAAAGAGCCUUCGGCUUCGAUUUUGUCCAACAGUACAAACUCCUCCGGUUCAGCUCAGGCCGGACCUUCGACGUCGGGCUACUCCCAACAACCGGGCAGCUCUUCGUCGUCUUCGUCGGCCAAGAAGGAGAGCGGCGAACGGAACAAGGUCAAGUUCUCCGACACCGUUACGGUGGCCGUUGUUCCGGAAAUCCCACGCAAGGACAAAAUGCUUUUGGGGGACAAGGCGCGAAAACCAGUGACGUACAAUUCGCUGAUUGCCGACCCGCGGCGGGAGUUGGCCGAAAGUUUACCCCUGUGCCAUCCGAACGAUGACUAUCUGAAGGACUUUACGCCAAUGCAAGAUGUCAUUACGAAUAACAACGAGCAGCAGGAAAACAACGAAGACGCCAAGAAAAUCCCGAACAUUAAGGUUGUCCAUUUUGGGGUCGUAUAGAAGUUUUUGUAGCUGUUUUGAACAAUGCAAAACUAUAACACACAAGAGACCGAAAAUUGUCCGAUAUUAGUUGGUUCAACUGUAAAGACUUGAACUAUCUAUUUCAUUUUAAUGACAAUUGUCAAAUUUACUUUGACAAUGAUCUAUCUAACAGCGUAGUUUUAUCCAGGUGCAAUGGUUUGCAAAUUUUUUUAGGUGUACAGAGAAGCAGAGAAAGAGUGCGUCGAAGAUAAUGUAUCCUAUUUCCGUCCAGUGAAGCUGUAUCAGUAUUUUUUUUAAACGAGUUAUGUUUAUAGAUAUUUUUUUGUUGAAAUUUGCUAAUGAAAUAGAUACAUAUUUUGUAAAAAGUUCCAAGACCUCCCGUACUUUUAAACACCAAGAUAUUAUAUUUGUAUAUUUAAAUCACAAAGUAAACGUAUUCAAUAAAAUGCAAUUUAAGAAGCAAGA